CCGCGACACUGCAAGGAAAGCGUUAAGCCGUAUUGAGCGGCGUUGAGUGUGGUUGUGGCUGCUAGCAUGUGGCUACAUACGGUUUAAUGUACUCGUCUUGGAGGAGUGGAAGUGAAAGAAGGCGUGUGUCGCAACAAAAGAAGUCCGGGGAGAAAGCUGGAAGUUGUCCACAAGUCAAUUUAUUGACAAGCUGCGGUGUGGAAGAAGGAACCUUGGCGUCCUGUAUUGUUCCUACCCGAACGUCGAAGCAGACGGAACAAACAUGCUAACGUUUCACGUCGACGAUUAAACGGCGUUAGACGCUAGCCAGGCGGGGUCUCGGCGUCACAUCCGGCUAGUGGCUUUGCUUUUUCUGGAAGAGGGGGAGCUGUGCUGGAUUAGCUCACUUUUAACUAAAUCAGCGCUUCCUCCGACAGUUAGCUUAGCUGUUAGCAGGGUUGGAGUAGAGUAGCGUCACCAUGGUAACCGCCGCUGCGGGCAGCCCAUCGAGCGAUCGUCUCGCCAGAACAAGAACCAGACGGCGAAGGUUCCACUCGGCACUUCCACGAUGCUGACACGCGGGCUGUCGCAGGCCGCAACAUGGCCGACUCGGGUCGCGGCGCAGUAGAGGGGGCCGCCCCCCCUGCCGCCCCCGGUCCCGCCGCUCGGCCCCCCUUGUCGGAGAAGGCCCUGUCUGAAGCGUUCUGCCGGGUCCGGUACCGGGACACGUCUCUGCUGGUGUGGCAGCAGCAGCAGCAGCGGGCGGCCGCCACGCCCCCGUCCUCGUACCUGAGCCGCAGCCAGUCGGCCUGGUACAGCAGCUACGGGAACCAGGCGGUUCUGGUCCGAGACAAGAGGAGCCUGGAGGACGUGGGCCGGUCCAAGAUCUGCAGCGUCAUGUAAUAAAAGGCUCCAGUCGGCGGCUCACUUCAUGUGUUUAUUUAUGAAAAGAAAAGGAAGUCAGAAAAUAAGGAUCCAUAUGAGUAAUGACACCAAAUGAGUCGCUUGUGGUUUGUCCUCCCUCGGCGGUGUUCGUCCAUCCAGCGGCGUCGGUGCUAAGCUACUAUACACAACUAUACAGUGCUCAAACAUACGCAACAAACAACGUACGGCCGGAGUGCAUGCAAAUACAUCAAAUCACUUUUUUCCUUUUUCUUAUUAAAAUACAAAAAUCAACUAUUAGCGUCAUCAACUAAAAACAAACAGGAAGGUUACUGUGGCAUAGCCGGCUGUCAAUCACUCCAAUCAAAACGUCCGCUCGAUCGCGAGGCCCGCCCCCACCGGAAGCGGAGGCGUGGCUCGGUGCUCGAGGAGGCGCUCGCAAGGUAAGUCCAGUUUCAAGGCAGCUGAUGAUGGCGUUGCCGGGUGGAGGGGGCGGGGCGUAGCGCAGGGGGCGGGGACGAUGUAACAGGUGGUUUUAAAAAAAGAUCAGCACGUUAGAAGAAAGAUACGCUUAUGAAAAAGUAGAAAUUAAAAACAUUAAAAGUCUUUCCAUGAUCUUCACUCGGUUGCCGUGACGACUCAAAGGGGGUGGGGGGGGGCCGACUGGGAUGCUGGAGGCGGGCGGCAAACGGGAAGUGAUUCAUCCAGAAAGGAAGUGUAGUGUUUGGUUGAAAGGGGUGUGGCCUUGUGACCUCAGAAGGUUUUCAUUGGAUAAAAGCAUCUGACUGUCCCGGGCCAACACUCUGACAUCCCGAGUGUCUGUGAAUGCACCGUACAGGAAGCAGGUGGAACAUUUGCAAACCAUCUGAGAUCACACGCUUCCGGAAUGUGGU